AUGACCAGCUCUGCGACAACCCAAAAUUACAAGAAAUCAGAUGACAAUACACACGAUACAGGACCUCAGUUUUAUGGCCACUAUCACCACGUGACCGCUGAGAUUCCUAUCGGGGGACUCCGAACUUCCCAAAAAAAUAUAGUGUUUGACCCUCAUCUCUCCCCACCUUCUGGGCGUGUUAUGUUGAAAGCUCUCCGCAAAAUGACGACCUCCAUCGCUGCUGCAACAGCCUCUGCGCAAGCGGUGCCGCACGUGCCAAUUCCUGCCAAAGGUGUCGACUACCGCAACAAAGUCGUUCUAGCCCCAAUGGUUCGCAGCGGCGAGUUGCCCUCGCGCCUGCUGGCCCUGAAAUACGGCGCCGACCUUGUCUGGGGCCCCGAAACAAUCGACCGCGCAAUCAUCGGUGCAACCCGUAAAGUCAACCCUCGCACUGGCUUGAUCGAAUUUACCCGCCUCCCAUCCAACGGCGGCCGUCCCAACGUCGCAGACAAAGAGUCAACCAUUUACCGCAUCGACCCCGCGCGAGAGAAAGGCAAGCUCAUCUAUCAGAUCGGAACUGCAAACCCUGAACUGGCAGUGCAAGCUGCGCGGAUGGUGGCAGCAGACGUUGAUGGGAUUGAUGUAAACUCCGGCUGCCCCAAGCCCUUCUCCACGUCUGGUGGAAUGGGCGCUGCUCUUCUCCGCACACCGGACCUGCUGGUUUCUAUCCUCGAGUCGCUCGUCAAGGAAGUGGGUGAACCCUUCCAGAUCGGUAUUUCAGUGAAAAUCCGCAUCCUCGCCCAGCCCGAAGAGACUGAAGCUCUCGUCACCCGCCUUGUCAAAACAGGUAUCACAGGGCUGACCGUUCACUGCCGCACGACUCCGAUGCGUCCUCGUGAGCGCGCAAUCCGCGACCAGCUGUCUAUGGUAGCUCGCAUUUGCCACGAGGCCGGUGUUGCGUGUCUCAUGAACGGAGAUGUGACAUCGCGUGACCAGGGACUUGCAUUGAUGUCCGAAUACGGGGUUGAUGGGGCGAUGAUCGCCACCUCGGCCGAGGCAAACUCGUCCGUCUUCCGCUCAGAGGCUGAUGGUGGUGCGGCGCCUUGGAGGGACGUCGUUUACGACUACAUGGUCUUUUGUCUAGACUCCGAGAACCGACUCGGCAACACCAAGUACCUGCUCAAUAUGCUGAUCCCAGGCAAGGUCAAGGAAUUCAACAAGGCGAAGGUAGCCAAAUCAUACCUCGAUAUCUGCCGUUUCUUGUUAUUUGAAGAUCUACUGCCCCGGGCGGCCGCUGUCGAUGUGAUCCUGGGACUGCAAGACAAGUGGUUGAGCCCACCCGAUGAGAAUGUGCCAGCUCAGGCCGAUUCUAAGGUUGAUUCAAAGUCAGAUUCCAAAUCCGAGGCUGUCAAAAGCGCGAUGACAUCUGAGUCCGCGCGGGCUGCUGGGGGUGGUGCGACUCGGACAAAGACUCCCUCUCCUGCCGUUCAUGGUGGAGGUCCCAUUCGUCGCACUUCUGCUCCUAAGCCCAAGGCUACUGAGGCUGGGGCUGAUCAAGAGGCAUCAGCCUCAGUCUCAGAGGCCCAGCCUACGGCUCAACCCCAGGCCCAACCACAGGCUGCCUGA